AUGGACAGGAAUAUGGUACGUUGGGCAUCUGAAAGAUCUACAUGCGUAAUUCUUCUAACAAACAUCCUUUCCAUAGACCGUCCCAAGCGUGUGAAAUGUCCAACGCGAAGACGUGUUGUUCAGCGACGAAGCGCAUGGCUAUCGAUUGCAAUAUUAGUCCUGGCGUUCUAUUCAACGGCAUUUUCCGCGAUAUACUUUGUUGUUGCUUGCAUAAAACCGCAUUAUGGAAACAGGAUCGGAGGCAAAGGAGGCCUGGCACCGUCUACAGCUACUUUGUUAAGUGCCUUGUUUGCGAAGACAAUUGAGUUAUCAUUUGUUACCGUUUUCGUUGCUUUCCUCGGCCAAGUGCUCAGUCGAAAAGCCUUGGGCAAAAAUGCUGGAGGAAUCACAAUUGCAGAUAUGUCGAUGCGUACGUGGGUCAUGCAGCCAGGAACCCUAAUAACUCACUGGGAAAAUGUUAAGCAUUCGGCUCUUACCUUGCUAGGGGUCAUUGCAAUGACAACGACCUUUGUUGCCAUGUUUUAUACCACGGCCGCGGAGGCGCUUGUGUCCCCUAGACUCACGGCCGGUAUUCCUGAGACGAGGGAACUUACGGGAGAAGUUAACACUAAAUUCGCCAACUCCACCUAUCUAUUCAGCAACUGCCAAAGUCCGGUACCCCUGGCUGUCGAUCCAGUGAAUCGAGGCUCAACUUGCAUGCAGAUUGCAUUUUCCGGCAGAUCGUUUCAUAACUACGAGCAGUACCUGGGGCGUUGGACUGAUUUUAGUACUGGGCAGGGCUCAACGGACAUGCUUCUACGCCCUCCGCCAAGUGGCACCUGGUACGACAACACAACCGUCAAAGGUAGCUGGAUUGAGUCCUACAAUAUGACAGAACUCUCUAUAAAAUGGGGUCGGAUGGUCGUCAAUGUUACAGCAGCAAUGCCCCACGCUGGUAUAUUUUCGGCAGCUAGACAUCCCAAGAAUAACAUCCGCUUGCCAGAGGAUCUUGGAGGGCAAGGAGAGUUCAAUAUUAAAGCUGCCGUUCCAUCACCGAUUGUCAACGUGAUUUGUGCCGGCAUGACGGAGGAAGAACUAGCUCCCAUCAUAUAUACCAAAUGGCCUCAUCCUAACUUUGAAUUCAAUGCAUCUACCUGGCUUAUGAAUCAGACAUCUGAUAUGCCUAAUUACCCAGAUUGGUUGAACGCUACUGUGGUCGAUGACAUCUUUGAAUUUGGGGAGAAAUUUGGCGAUAGAGGCCAAAGACCACCUAUAUUUCCCAAGAUUCCACUGGAAUAUAAUACGAUUAUCAAUGUUACGGGGCAAUUCGAGACAAACUCAAUCUACCUCCUAGGGACAUCCCCUCCAUCGAUAUAUCCACCUCACUAUUUAUGCCAGAUGAAGGGAGGGCUGACACCACAAUGCCUAACAAAAUAUGAAGCGGCUUCCAGCGGCGGUGUUCUUUACUCCCAGUGUGGCAAGGCAGCGGACUCAAUGACAUACCAAUCUGUUGCCCCAGAUGCACCUCCAAUUAUGAUUGAUAAAGAUUGGAAAAACGUUGCUGAGGAAUGGGCCAGGUCUAUUGCAUUAAACACAGGUCUAUCUGAUGGCUAUGGAAGCAACGCCCGGCUGUUAUCGCAGCUAAUACCCAACUCAGACAUCAAGACAAACAUUUCAUCCUUGGAUCCCCAUCUCCCAUCCGUUGCUGAAGCCCUGGCAGCAAUGGCCAGCUCACUCCUAUUACUUGGGACACAGGAUGCUACAUUCAACCAUAGAAAAACUUUUGCCGAUGCACGGAUGGCUGGACUUCAUGAGCCCAUGUACGAACAGUUUCACGCUACAGUAUGGGCGUCGGACUACGCCUCGGGAGCUAAUUCGCCAGCAUGGCAAAAUGUUUUUUAUGCCGUGCUAGCACUCGUCCUGGUCACAAAUCUGAUUUGCUCAGUGUACUUGUACUUAGCGUUUCGAGGCGUCCAGCUGACAGAUUUCACCGAACCUCAAAAUACUUUGGCCCUCGCUCUUAAUAGUCCUCCUAGCAUCCAUGUCAGCGGAGCCUGUGGUGGCGGGCCGGAAGGCAAACAACUUACGCAGCGAUGGAUGAUUUCCAUGGACGAGAAGGAAGAACACUAUUACAUGACCAGCGCAGAAGAAGUGGAGGCAGAGGAGGCCAGACUUCGGCAGAGAGGGCCGUAUGGUCAUGGCUCGAUUGAUGAUGAUAAUGUCGCUAAUAUAAAGAACGCGCUCAGUCCAAAGGUAUCAGAGUAUCGGAGGAUUUCACGCGCGAGCAGUUCUAUUUCAUUACUAACAUAA